AUGGACGGAGCUGAACUCUGCUUCCCGCACCUCCUCAACGCCUCCUGCAGGAGGUCGGAGCCUCUUCGUGCCGAGGCUGUGCUCAUGUACUUCCUGCUGUUGUCCGUCUGCGCGCUCACCGCUGUCCUCAACCUGCUCGUCAUCAUCUCCAUUUCCCACUUCAGGCAGCUCCACUCCCCCGCCAACCUCCUGCUCCUCUCUCUGGCGGUCUCGGACUUCUUCGUGGGCCUCCUGGUGAAUCCCAUCGAAAUCCUCAUGACGUGGACCUGCUGGGUCCUGGGUGACCUCAUGUGUGCUCUGUAUUAUUUACUGCCUCUCACCCUUAUUGCCGCCUCUGUGGGAAGCAUGGUCCUCAUAUCAAUGGACCGCUACGUGGCGAUUUGUGACCCCCUGCGUUACUCCACCAGAGUCACGGGUAAAGUUGUUACCGUGGGUAUUUCUGUGUGUUGGACCUGUUCUGUCCUCUACAGCAUUUUCCUUGUAUACGAUCACCUGAAAGAACCGGGCCGGUAUAAUUCCUGCUACGGAGAGUGUGUGGUGAACGUUGCCGGAGACGUGGACCUUGUCUUUGCCUUUAUCAUUCCCAUUACAGUCAUCCUGGCUCUGUCCAUGAGAGUGUUUGUGGUGGCGGUGACGCAGGCUCGUGCCAUGCGCUCGCUCGUCACCGCCGUCGCAGUCCAGUGUCCGAUGACCCUGACGGCAAAGAAGUCUGAGCUGAAAGCCGCCAGGACUCUGGGUGUGAUCGUGGCUGUGUUUCUGAUUUGCUAUUGUCCGUACUACUGCCUGAACCUCACAGGCGGAAACAUCUUGAUCGGUUCUUCCACCGAGGCCUUCAUGAGCUUCCUGAUGUAUUUUAACUCCUGCCUGAACCCGGUCGUCUACACCUUCUGCUACCCCUGGUUCAGGAAAGCCGUGAAACACAUCGUCACCCUUCAGAUCCUGCAGCCCGGCUCCUGUGAGGCCAACAUCCUGUAG